CGGAGCGGUUUGAACCUCGGCAGCGCGGAGGCGGAAGCAGCGGAACCGUUUUAAGACGUCUCUGUCCGGUAGAACCGAGCCGAGAAUCUGCUCCAGGGACGCGGCAGCACCAGAGCUGGACUCGGGUCUGAUACGGAGGCACGGCGGCUCCUUCUGUAGCCGUAUCUGGGUGCGGUGAAGCCGGCGUCGCGCAACGCGAGUCGCUCCCUCCUCCCGGUGCUAACCGCUAACUAGCCAGCGAGCUAACGUAGCAGCUAACCCCGGACACAAAGGACGACUUCCCCGUGUUCGGCCUGUCGCUCCCCGGCAGCCCCGCUGAAUGAGGCCCGGUUCUCCGGUGCGGCUUCAUCAUGGUGCUCACAGGGAAGCGCUCGGAGAAAGGUCCGGCCUGCUGGAAGAGGAGAGUGAAGUCUGAGUACAUGAGGCUGAGGCAGCUCAAACGCUUCAGACGGGCCGACGAGGUCAAGAGCAUGUUCAGCACCAACCGUCAGAAGAUCGUGAAGCGGACUGACAUCCUGAACCAGGAGUGGAAGACCCGGCGGAUCCAGCCGGUUCACAUCAUGACCUCCGUCAGCUCCCUGCGAGGAACCCGAGAGUGCACGGUGGACAGCGGCUUCUCCGAGUUCCCCCGGCAGGUCAUCCCCCUGAAGACGCUCAACGCAGUGGCCUCGGUGCCGGUCAUGUACUCCUGGUCCCCGCUGCAGCAGAACUUCAUGGUGGAGGAUGAGACGGUUCUGCACAACAUCCCGUACAUGGGAGACGAGAUCCUGGACCAGGACGGGACCUUCAUAGAAGAGCUCAUCAAGAACUAUGACGGCAAAGUCCACGGAGACAGAGAAUGCGGCUUCAUCAACGACGAGAUCUUCGUGGAACUGGUCGGCGCUCUGUCCCAGUACAGCGACAACGAGGAUGACGAGGACGAGGAAGAACCGGACUUCAAGGUGGAGAAGAUGGAGCUGUGUGAGAGCAAGGAGCCCCCCCCAGAAGACCCCCGCAAGGAAGGGCUCCUCAACAGUGAGAGCCGAACCAGCAGCGACAGCUCCAAGAAGUUUCCAUCGGACAAGAUCUUUGAAGCCAUCUCCUCCAUGUUCCCCGACAAGGGCUCAACUGAGGAGCUCAAAGAGAAGUACAAGGAGCUGACGGAGCAGCAGCUGCCCGGCGCUCUGCCUCCUGAGUGCACACCGAACAUCGACGGUCCUCACGCCCGCUCGGUGCAGCGGGAGCAGAGUCUCCACUCGUUCCACACGCUGUUCUGCCGCCGCUGCUUCAAAUACGACUGCUUCCUCCACCCUUUCCACGCAACUCCAAACACGUACAAACGCAAGAACCUGGAGAACCUGGUGGAAAGCAAACCGUGUGGAAUCGACUGCUACAUGUUCCUGGUGCAGGACGGGAUGGUGAGGGAGUACCCGGAGGGUGUGGUGGCCGAACGAGUCAAGACUCCCUCCAAGCGCCCGGUGGGCCGGCGCCGGGGGCGACUGCCCAACAGCCGGCCCAGUACUCCCACUGUGUCCUCGGAGACCAAAGACACCGACAGCGACCAAGAGGGAAGCAAAGAGGACGAGCGGGAGGACAAAGAGGACGAGGACAAGAAGGACGAGAACACCAGCAGCUCAGAGGGGAACUCUCGCUGCCAGACUCCGGUGAAGAUGAAGCUGACGGAGGAGGCGGAGGCGGUGGAGUGGAGCGGAGCCGAAGCUUCUCUCUUCAGGGUUCUGAUCGGGACGUACUACGACAACUACUGCGCCAUCGCUCGGCUCGUCGGCACCAAGACCUGCCGACAGGUUUAUGAAUUCAGGGUCAAGGAGUCGAGCAUCAUCGCUCGGGCUCCAGCUGAAGACGAGGACACGCCUCCGAGGAAGAAGAAGAGGAAGCACCGACUGUGGGCCACUCACUGCAGGAAGAUCCAGCUGAAGAAAGACGGUUCGUCCAAUCACGUGUACAACUACCAGCCGUGUGACCACCCCCGCCAGCCCUGUGACUCGUCCUGUCCCUGCGUCACCGCUCAGAACUUCUGUGAGAAGUUCUGCCAGUGCAGCUCGGAGUGUCAGAACAGAUUCCCGGGUUGCCGGUGCAAAGCCCAGUGUAACACCAAGCAGUGCCCCUGCUACCUGGCGGUGAGGGAGUGUGACCCCGACCUCUGCCUGACCUGCGGCGCCGCCGACCACUGGGACAGCAAGAACGUGUCCUGCAAGAACUGCUCCAUCCAGAGAGGAGCCAAGAAGCACCUGCUGCUCGCCCCCUCAGAUGUGGCCGGUUGGGGAAUCUUCAUCAAAGAGUCGGUCCAGAAGAACGAGUUCAUCUCAGAGUACUGUGGAGAGAUCAUCUCUCAGGACGAGGCCGACCGCAGAGGAAAGGUCUACGACAAGUACAUGUGCAGCUUCCUGUUCAACCUCAACAACGACUUUGUUGUUGACGCCACGAGAAAAGGAAACAAGAUCCGCUUCGCCAACCACUCGGUGAAUCCCAACUGCUAUGCAAAAGUGAUGAUGGUGAACGGAGAUCACAGGAUCGGGAUCUUCGCCAAGCGAGCGAUCCAGACCGGAGAGGAGCUCUUCUUCGACUACAGGUACAGUCAGGCGGACGCUCUGAAGUACGUGGGGAUCGAGCGGGAGCUGGAGAUCGCCUGAGCCUGACCCCCCCCCCCCCCCCCCUUCCUGUGGAUCAGUGACACGACGGCCUUACACACACACAAACACACUCACUUCAGGAAAUCCAGACCACUCGUCAACGCUAGGAAGCUUCAGGAAAUCUGGGAAUAUUGUUUUUAUACCUUUCAUAUCCACUUUUCUUUUUUCUGCUGUCACCAAAUCCUCUUCUGGGGGGGGGGCAUCAUGUGUUGGCCUCCUCAGCUGAAAGGUUCUUUUUAAACAAACAUCUGAACAUGGAGACGACAAACCCUCGACUGUCUGUGAAGCUGGUUUCACUUCAAGCUCCAGUGAACGAACCAGCAGCCACUGACCUGGGCUGCUGCUUCAGGUGCUAACGUCAACAAACAGGAAACCCCACAAACGUCUGACGCUUUGUUUCCUGCUCCAGAAGGUUUUCACUUCCUGUCAGCUCCACUGUGCUCGACUCUUCCUCAGCUCCUGGUUUCUGCCUCGUCUUCAGCUCCUCGUUCAAACUCAGGAGCAGUUUCUGAUCUGCUUGGUUUUGGGGAAAGUCUGGAUUCAGGUUGUUCCUCAGUUCAAAAGUGAACACGUCGAUGUUUGUGAGCUUCAAACUAUUUAUCAUCACUUCAAUGGUUUUUUUUUCUGUUUUAAUCGUGUGAUGCUUUCAAAUGUCGUGUUUAACGAACCUGAAGAGCUUCAAUUAAAAAUCUUGAAAUUAUUAAAGUUUGAGGAGCUGGAGAUAAUAAAAUUCAGACUUGAAUAACUGGUGAGAUCCUGAGGACGUGUUUGGAAGCUGAGCCUCGUCUCUCCUCCAUGUUUGUAGAUCCUGGUUUUCACGUUACUGUGACUUCUCAGUAGAAUUUAAUCUUCUUGGUUUUCGGAGCUCUCCUCUUGUUAAUAAAUCUUUCACUGACGUGCAGACCAACACUCCUCUGGUGCUCGCUCCUGAAGUCC